AUGAAUGCGGUCAAGGAGAGCAUAUUGGGCGCUGAUCGCGAGCCAGACCUCUCUUUCCAGUCGAAGGCAACCUUCGAGCAAUAUGCGCAAGCCGACGAGAAUACCGGAGAGAAAUUCAUGGGGCAAGACGACUUCGUCAACGCGAUCGCCCCAGCUACAGAGAACUACCACAAGAUAAAGCGAGAACAGUACGCACUCCUAUUCCAAGUGGCGGACCGAAAGAAAGUUGGGAGAAUCAGUCUGCGCGACUGGGGAGCGUUUGAAAACCUCCUGGCUAAACCUGACGCCGAAUAUGAGAUCGCGUUUCGACUGUUCGAUGAAAAUGGAUUGGGCACCAUCAAGUCCGAAAAUUUCUUUAGACUGUACGAUCAGAACAAAGGCAAAGACACGAUACCGUUUGAUUGGAAUUGCGAAUGGGCCACUCUGUACGUGGGGUCCAAGCGACAUCGACAUGACAUUACGUACCCUCAGUUCUCCCAGAUGCUGCGUGGGCUGCAAGGCGAGAGGAUACGACAGGCUUUCCACAUAUUUGACAAGGAUAGAGAUGGAUAUAUAGAGCCGGAGGACUUCCAACGGAUCAUCCUUGAGACUGCCAGGCACAAGCUUUCGGACCACAUUCUCCAGAAUUUGCACACUCUGUGCAACAUUUCAACGGGUAGCAAAAUUUCAUAUGCAAACGUGCGAGCAUUUCAGAACGUCAUUCGAGAAAUGGAUUUGAUGGACUUGAUCCUCCGGAACGCGACGCAGAAGACAGAGGAUGGACGGAUCACAAGGACUGAUUUUUUGAAUGAAGCAGCGCGCAUUACGCGCUUCUCUCUCUUCACGCCGAUGGAAGCAGAUAUCUUGUUCCACUUUGCCGGAAUAGACGCUGCCUCCGGCCGGUUGUCCCUACAAGAUUUUGCCAAAGUUCUAGAUUCUUCCUACCAAAGCGCUUAUGCUCUAGGCAUAGAAGCAGCUGGUCCAGUAUCAGAUGUAGCAGACAAAGCAGUUUCAAACACCAAGCGAUAUCUACAUAAUGUGCUUGAAUCACUACACCACUUCGCACUUGGCAGCGUUGCUGGCGCUUUCGGGGCGUUCAUGGUUUAUCCUAUUGAUCUUGUAAAGACCAGAAUGCAAAAUCAAAGGGCAGGCCGGGUUGGCCAAGUACUCUACAAAAACUCCAUCGACUGCGCCAAAAAAGUGAUUAAGAAUGAGGGAGUCAAAGGUUUGUACUCGGGUGUCUUACCACAGCUUGUUGGCGUUGCGCCAGAAAAGGCCAUCAAGUUAACAGUCAAUGAUCUCUUGCGAGGCUAUUUUGGCAAUAAAGAGACUGGUGCAAUCUGGUGGCCCCAUGAGAUCGUAGCAGGUGCCUCAGCUGGUGCAUGUCAAGUGGUUUUCACGAACCCGCUUGAGAUCGUGAAGAUCCGACUCCAAGUCCAAGGCGAGCUGCUCAAAACACACGAAGGAGUCGAGAAGAGAUCUGCAAUGUGGAUCGUACGCAAUUUAGGUCUCAUGGGUCUCUAUAGAGGCGCAUCCGCAUGUCUACUACGAGACGUACCCUUCUCCGGCAUCUACUUUCCUACCUACAAUCACCUAAAACGCGACCUCUUUGGCGAAAGUCCAACGAAGAAGCUUGGCAUAUUGCAACUCCUAACGGCAGGUGCAAUAGCUGGCAUGCCAGCAGCGUAUCUAACCACCCCAUGCGAUGUUAUCAAAACACGAUUGCAAGUCGAGGCGAGGAAGGGUGAGACGAAAUACACAUCCCUCCGGCACUGUGCCAGGACUAUAUACCAGCAAGAAGGGUUCCGAGCCUUCUUCAAGGGAGGCCCAGCCCGCGUCCUGAGGUCGUCACCACAAUUCGGGUUUACUCUAGCAAGUUUUGAAUUCUUGCAGAAAGCAUUGCCAAUGCCUGGCACUGGUGGCGACGAGGGACCUGCAGGACAUGUCGAGCCCGCGCUUGGUUUGGUGGAGGCGAAGGCGCCGCUGCCAUAUCUACGGAGUCGUAAUGCAUUGAAGAUCAUUCUCGAUUUGGACGAGAACUUUGGGAGGCCAAAGGUACCGCAGGGGAGAGGCUGGAUACCUCUGACGGGGGCGAAUGCGUAG